AAAAAGGAUUUCAUAGCUCGAAGCACAACCGAAUCGCAUAUCGUCCUCACACACGUCCAUACUUUUGUCUUCCUCUGCACAGUCAUUACAUUCUAAUUCCUCCCACACCUGCUUCAUUCCAUGGGCCAACAGCGAUUGCGGCUAGUCAACAGAGAGGCCGAAGAACAGGGCGACGCGAACAGUAACAGCCCGGCGGCAUCGCCAAAACGGGCAUCGCGUGGGCGUCCGCGGAAGGCACGCAAGUCUGAGACUGACAAUGCGGAGACAAUGCCAGUAGGCGAUUCGGCGCCGGCGGCCCAAAGUAAAGGAAGAGUGCCUACGCCUGUUCCAGGCUGUCAAAGAGAUGGAGAAGGAGUAAGUAUGCAACGCGCAUGCGUGCGGUUUCCUGAGUGCACUCGACAAUGAUGCGAUUCUGCCACUGCACCGGCACUUGCUUCUUGUUCUCUUGCCGCGAGGUUUGUUUUUAGCCACUAUACGCGUUAUUUUGCUCACGUGCAAAGUGAUUAAAGGUGGCAGCCGAGGGCGG